UGAAGUAUUACAUGUAGGUAAAUCUCCGAAGUCUAUAAGUUAUAAAACUUUGAGCACGUUUUCAUCCUCGAAUUCCGUGUUCUAAAUCGUACACAUGCUCAAAAGUGAAGGUUAUAAAACUUUUAUAAAAUCAUUCUCAUACUCAAAUGGAGUACAUGCUCAAGAUUUUUCGAGUAUGCUUCGGAGCUUGCUCAGAGUUGUACUCAAAACAAACAUGGUUGAGUUUCAGUAUGUCAGUAUGAGUAAUAUCCAGCCAUCUCUGAGAAAUCGUGUCGGCAAAAAAAGGGGAAACUCUAUUUAAAAAGUUUCAUAACCUCCAAACCUCCUGUCAAAAUCUCGUACAUGCAGACCCUUGUGUAAACAAAUGUGGUAGAUCCUACACAGCAUGAGGAUGCUUGCAUAUAAAUUUGAUAAUUUGCAACCUUGUAUUUCUACGUAGCAGGGCCCCUACUGGCCCGCAGUCUGCACUAUAAAUCUACACCAUCGUCUUAUAGUUCUAGAGAAAACGAUCUUGAAAGCAGAGUGUUCCAUGCAUCCCUAUAUGUAAUUUUUUUUUAUUUGAACCCCUAUUGGGACCCUCCUUGGUCCCGCGGCUCCUAGUUUAAAUGAUAUUUAAACUUUAUUAUGAAAUGGAGCUUUCAUAUAAAAUUUGGCUAUGCUGCUUGUUUGAUUCAGCGUUCUUGAGAAGUAAGUUUUUUUUUAAAUACCACUUCCUGGUAUUACACCUCCUUUAUUAUCUCCCUUUCGAAUAUGACAUGAACUUCGAUUUACCCCAGAGUACUUUAUGGCAGAUUUGGUUGAAAUUGGCCCUGUGGUAGGUGUGAAAAGUUUAUAGACAGACGGACGGACAUAAGACAACAGACAAAAUUUGAGACUGGUUCAAGUGAGCUAAAAGGGUACAUUUUCGUAUCCAUGCAUUGUCUCAAGCCGCGGCUGACGGGUUCACUACAUAGCUUUAGCCAUGUCUUGCGACGAUGAGACACAUGAAAGGCGAAGAUAACGAACAGUGACCAAUCUCAUAACUCCUACCAGGAAUACAAAAUGGAAAGUUGGGCAAACACGUACCCCUGGAUAUACCAGAGGUGGGAUCAGGUGCCUAGGAGGAGUAAGCACUCCCUGUCGACCAGUCACACUCGCCGUGAGCAAUGCUAGCUUGUAUCCAUAUGACAGUUCACGAAUGGUCAGUGGUAUAUGAAACGUGUCCCACUUUUCUAUUACAGUUAUAUAGUUUAGUCUGUGUCCCAUAAGAAUUUUUGUACUUUAUAUAUUCGUCAAUCAUAAAUUGUUUUCAUAAUUAUUGCAUUGUAAUUUUCAUGAAAUAUUAAGAAUAACUGCAGACUUUGUGUUUUAGACAUACAGUGUACAUCUGAAACGUGUGGUGGCAUACUUCUACCCCCUACAUGAUAAAUGUCAACAACAGCAAGAUAUUUAUGUUGACAUGCGACCUAUUUACCGGUAUGUCAACAACAGCAAGAUAUUUAUGUUGACAUGCGAUUUAUUUACCGGUAUGUCAAAAUGCAAGAUAUUAUGUUGACAUGCAAUUCAUUUAUAUGUCAACUUGCACAUGCAUGAUAUUUAUGCUGAUAUCCGACUUAUUUAUGUCAACCUGCAAGAUAAUUAUGUUGACAUGCAAGUUAGCAAUCUUUAUCAAAAAUCUAACGCCAGAAUCUGAAUCAGAAUCAUCGAAUAUGUAAGAUGCAUGUGACAUAAUUAUUUUGAAAUGCGACUUAUUUGAUGUCCAAAUGCAACAUGUGACUUAUUUAUGUCAACAAGCAAGAUAGGUCGCAUGUCCAUAUAAGUACAGGUAUAUUGCAUGUCAGCAUAAACAAGUCGCAUGUCGACAUAAAUAAAUUGUAAGUCUACAUAAUGAUAUCACAUGUUGACAUAAUUGAGUCGCAUGCAUAUUAAUUGUAUCUUGCAUGACAGUAUGAUUUCAGAUAUUGGCGUGGCAAGUAAAUUUAUAAAUAUCCAAAGAUUGGUGGCUGGCAUGUCAAACAUAAUUACCUUGCAUGAUGGCGUACUUUUCACGCAUGCUGACAUAAUUUAUCAUGGAUGUUGGGGGCAGAAAUAUGUCACCAUAGAAACUGGUUUAUUUGAUUAAACGCUUAUUUUUACAUACAUUGUACAUGUAUUUAGUGGUGUUGUUUAACAGCUUGUAGACACUGCACAGACCACGUUUCCUCGGUGUGUGUAACGCUCAGCUUGUAAACACUGCACAGACCACAUUUCCUCAGUGCUUCAUUAAUUCCGUACUUCACAUGUAGCUUUGUUAUCAAGAGAGGAAGAAUUCUAUUGAUAUUGGGAUGGAAAGGUCAAUGUCAUUACGGGAGUUCAUAGAAAAUCAUUGCAUGCGAGGGGGUAUGUCCCGCCUGGUUAUGUACAUUUGAGUAUUCCCGAUGGACAAGGACUACAUUGUGCAAUUUUUUUUUACAAAACUUAAAAUUAUACGAUUAUCUGUGGGUUUUUUUUUUUUUUUUUUCUUCUUACAAAAAUAAUCUCAACGUUAUGGAAAUCAUUUACUUGUACCUAAGAAUUUUACUCUGAAUUUAUUUAUUUCAUGUACUUUAUCAUCCAGGGAUUAGAAUAAGACAAAUAUACCAUUAAUCAAAUACAUCCCGAGAUGAACUGCCUUUCAACUGGGGGCCCUCUGAUAUAAUUAUGAUGAAAUGUUCACGGAAAGUAGGCUAAUUACACGCCAGAACGGGUGGUGUGCAUCGACACACAAUUGCCGACACCUUUUUGGGGGCAAUUACAUGCAAGAUAAAAAGAUCUAUUUCAGAUAAACUGGGAACUCCCAUAAGUGUCCGUCCGACAUCGAUAUAAGGGAGGAGGGGUGUGCGUGUUAUUUCAACCGAAACCUUCAAAUGCAUUUACGAGUUAGACGAUUUAUGCGAUUUAACAGGCCCAGACAUACGAAGUAAUAUUUAUUACAAUAUAAACUUUAAAUCAUUCAAGAACUCCGCAUAUCGGAGAUGGAAAAUAAUUUUAGAAAAAGAAAUGGUAGAUUUAAAAAAAAAAAAAUACUAUGUAGGCCUAUAAUUCCAAUGUUAUUUAUUACAAUUGUUUUGAUUGGACAAAAAUAAUAAAAUCUGAACAAGAGUUUAUACAUCAAUAAAUCCAAAAAACGCGAUGGUGUCAUACACGCCUGAAAACAAAUAACGUAGUGCGGGGAAACUAUUCAAAUUUUUGCAAUCGUUGAUAAAGUGAAUGAAUUGGAAUUAUAAGAAUCAAACAUUCUUUUAGAAUAAAUUCGCACUUUUAUUCAGUUUGUGAGUAAAAUGUCCGGAGUUUACACAUCGAUAAAUUCUUCAAGAAGAAUGUUUAAUCCUAUAAAUAAGACAAGAAAAAGGCAACGAAAAGAGAUGUCACGAUGGCAGGGAUCUUGUGACGUCAUCAAAAUCAGAGGCAAUAAACUGAUUGUGACGUCACAAUGAUUAACAACAUCGUCUCAUCGAUAGCAAUAAUGUAACUUUGGGAAUAUAAUGGAAAAUGAAGGUUGUAAAACAAGAACUGAGGCUAAAGGCAAAGAUGAAAAUACAAGUACCUUUAAAAGCAAGGCAAACAAGCGUUUCCAGGUGACUAUUGUAAAUUUAUAAUCUUCCAAACAAACUCGGUAUCCAACUUUUAAAAAAAUCUAAAUCUUUGUAUAUAUGACCUCACUUUUAUUUAUUUUCCAGAUUUUAGAAACUCAGGGUUUUAUUGUGGGGAGAAUGCUUGGACAAGGUUCAUAUGCGAGUGUGAGAUCCGCUUUUGAUGCGAACCGAAGACACAAAGUUGCCAUUAAAAUUAUUUCAAAAAGAAAAGCUCCGGAAGACUUUCUCUGCAGAUUUCUGCCGCGGGAAAUUGAAGUGAUCAAAAUUCUAAAACAUCCUUGUCUCAUCUCGUUCUAUCAAGUCAUCGAAACCACAACACGCUUCUUUUUGGUAAUGGAGUUGGGCCAUGUUGAUAUGCUGGAUUACAUCAGGUGCAAGAAGGCUAUACCAGAAGUUCAGUGCGGGAUAUGGUUCCGGCAGUUUCACGAUGGCAUGGUCUACAUGCACGCAAAAGGCGUUGUCCACCGUGAUCUUAAAUGCGAAAAUAUUUUACUGGAUAAAGAUUAUCACUUGAAAAUUACUGACUUUGGAUUUGCUAAGAAGGUACCAACGCCCAAGAACUUGGAGGAGGUUCCCCCAAGUGAGACUUACUGCGGAAGCUUCGCGUAUGCUCCACCGGAAAUUUUAAUGGGAACACCAUACAACCCCUUUUUCGCCGAUGUGUGGAGCAUGGGGGUUGUUUUAUUCACCAUGCUAUACGGAAGACUCCCAUUCGAUGAUUCUAAUCACAAGAAACUCCUGAACCAGGUUCAAAAGAGGGUGGUAUUUCCCACCAAACCCGAAGUGUCGGAAGCCUGCCAAACACUCCUCGCCAAAAUGCUUUCAUUACUCCCCGAACGUGUGCUGUUAUCAAACAUUCAGUUUGAACCUUGGUUCAAAAUGUUUGAACAAGAGGAUGAUAAGAAAUCGGACAAUGAAGAGACAUUGAUAGAAACACAAAAUCUAACAUCAGAGCUAGAUGGCGAGGCAUCUUAAUCCGUGCUUUAGGUGGUCAAUGCAUAUCACUUUCUGGGAUCAGGAAAACAAACUACUUUCUCAAUAUUUUUUUCUCUCAUUUGAACUUACUUUUUUUUUUAAUAAUUAUUUGAAUUCUGAUAAUAACUUAAUAAUUAAAUCAUUAAACAAAUCACUAUUGUUUAUACAUUUUAUUUCCAUCAGACAAGCAGAAUGCUCCCAUAUUUAAUACCAUCUUGUUAACAAUUAAAAUAACCAACAAUUGUAGAAAUAUGACAGGACACAAAAUGGAUUUCACAAAUCACGAUCAUUUCUAAGGAAAUGUAAAGCUUACGGUACUGAACAGAAACUGUUUCAACUGAAGUUUCAUAUCAUGUAAAGCUUACGGUACUGAACAGAAACUGUUUCAACAGAAGUUUCAUAUCAUGUAAAGCUUACGGUACUUGACAGAAACUGUUUCAACAGAAGUUUCAUAUCAUGUCAAGAUGGAGACAUGGAAUAAACAGUGCAUUUUUUUUGUAUAAUGUAAAACCACAAAUUUAGACCUUCAGAAGAUUUGAAAUAUUAUACUAAAACUCACUUCAAUUUUCAAAAAUCUGUACACAAUUCAUACCUACAGCUGCAUUCGCACAUCAGCGAUAAAGCAUACGUCACUCACACGCAUUCACUCCCUCUCGCGUUUCAUGACGUCAUCGUCUGCGUACCCUCAUCGAGGACAAUGUUCAGAGUAUUUAGCACCAGCACGGUUAUAUACAGAGUUAUAUACAAAGUGUGUCAAUAUCAUAUACAAAGCAUGUAUUUACAAGUAGAUAUACAAUGCCUUUGUUUACAUCACAUACCUAUUAAUCACAUUGCUUUAGAAAUAAAUGGAAAUUAAAACUAUAUGACAUAUUUACAAUCGUGUUAUUGUUCGACUUAUCAACAUACUUUCAUUGAACAAGAU